AAGGACACAACUAAAUGGGAGACAGACAAUUCUGAUUAAUCUUGUUCGUGUCUACUGGUACACGUAUUUUAUGCCGCUGGUUCAUCCCUGUAAAUCACCGUCCAAAAUUGAGUUCAUUCUCCCUAGCAAGUAUUUAGCUGCUAAUCCAACUUGGUAAAUUCAUUUUUAAUUUCUAACCACCGCACUCCUAAGUUUUACCUGAAAAGUCAAAAGGCACAGAUAAAAGGUGCUAAUCCAAAUUGGUAAAUUCGUUUUUAGUUUCUAACCACCGCACUUCUAAAUUUUCCUGAAAAGUCAAAAGGCACAGAUAGAAAAUUUGCUGGGAAGACUUCAGUUAGCUUCAAAUAAAUAAUCCAUUCCGAUGUAGAUAGCAGUUCUUCUCUGACUUAAUAGAUGGCAUUUUUAAGAAAUUGCAUGUUCUUUUUAUAUUUGUUUCCUGGAGCAUGGCCGGCAAUGGAAAAUUGUGGCUCUCAGACCUUUCCAACGCCUCUGAUCGCAGCAAAUCUGAGAUGAAAGAGCCCUUGGAAGAACUCCGAUUAUGUUGCACAAGUUGGAGGUUUGCUGCUGAGACUAAUAACUUAAGUCCAUGGAGGACUAUCCCACCAGAAUGUGCUGGUUAUGUUGAGGAAUAUAUGACUGGCAGGGGUUAUAGGUAUGAUCUUGAAAGGGUCUCAAAAGAAGCUCGAGUUUUCGCCAAUAGUGUGAAAUUGGGUGAUGAUGGAAGAGACAUUUGGAUUUUCGACGUGGAUGAGACUCUGCUCUCAAAUCUUCCCUAUUAUGCUCUGCGCGGAUACGGGUUGGAGGUUUUCAAUCCUGCGGAGUUUGAUAAAUGGGUGGAGGAGGGGUCAGCGCCGGCCAUUAGUUCAAGUUUAGAGCUUUAUGGAGAGGUUUUAAAGUUGGGAUUUAAGGUUUUCUUUCUGAGUGGACGCGGAGAAAGACAUAGGAAUGUAACUGUGGACAAUUUGAUUAAAGUUGGAUUCAAGUAUUGGGACAAGCUUAUACUGAGAUCAUCAGAGGAUGGCGAAAAGCACGCAACUGAGUACAAAUCAGAGAAGAGAGAUGAGAUGGUGAAAGAAGGGUAUCGAAUUGUGGCCAAUUCUGGGGAUCAGUGGAGCGAUUUAUUGGGCUCCUCCGUUGCCAUUCGCUCUUUUAAACUCCCCAAUCCUAUGUACUAUGUUCCCUGAUUCCAGCACUCCAUCUAUUUAUUAGUAGUGUUUAUUCAAUGUUGUGUCAUUCAGUCCCAAACUGUAAAUAACUACAUUUGAUUGAAGGUUUUCCGAUCUGAAACCCCCUAGACCAGACCUACACCUUCACGAUCAGCAAACCAUCCGACAUUGAUCAGAAUCAACGACCUAAAAUUUGAUCCGAAAAUUGCUUGUGGAACAUCCGGUGUCUAUGGAAAAAGAAAAACACGGAAAGAAGCCAGUGUCUCUGGGAAAGCCACUUCUGGUGCAUCGAAUGCAACACUUGAACACCGUCGCGGUUCCGGCGGGGUACAUUAACCCUUCAAAUCUAUCCACCCAUCAUUUAAAUGAAAUAAUCAUUUUUGUUACUAGGCUCUGUUUGGAAGGUUUUUUUUUUUAUGAUUUUUUAAAAAUAAUUAAAUAAUGACUAUCUCAUUCCAU